UGCGCGCGAGUGGUCCCGUGCGCAUGCGUGUCACACACCCCACGUCCCCCGGCCAGGCUGCGUGUCCUGGGUUCCGGUGGGUUGCAGGGGUGGAGGGAGAGCGGCGAGCGGCGAGCGGCGAGCGGCGAGCGGUGAGGAGCAAGAAAUCGGAGAGUGAUGUGGGAACCUGACGAGGAAGGAAGCAGCAGAGGCUUCCGAUGACAAAUGAGGAAAACCUGGGUACACACAGGAGCUGCCUUUCCAGACACUCGCCCAUAGGUGGAGUGGUUCCCUGGGUGAUCAGUGUGGGUGCAGAGCUGCCACCCAGAUUCAGACACACACUUCAGCGGAAUUCUGGGCUUCACAGCUGGAGUCUAUAGAACAGAGCUGAAGCUAAGGAUUUAAAUGUGGCCACAGCCUAUGGAGAAUUUGUUGGUUCUGGGUCUACAGUACUGUGAUACAAGGUGACUCAGUGGGUCCACAUAGAGACCAAGGAAGGCUAUGCUGUGGACCAGACACACUUAACCUCAGUUCUCCAAAGGAGCAACACAAGGCAGCCUCAGCUCAGGGCUGUCGGACGGACGUUCAAACUGCAAAAAAAUCAAAACAAAGCAAAAAACAAAACCCUCAGUUGCCACCAGGCUGGCUCACCUCCGCCCCAACGGAUAUAGCCUGAGUUGAGGUUCCCCUUUUGAAAGUUCAGAGAGAGUUGGGCGUGUCCUCCUCACAAGAGAGGAGAGUAGGAAGGGCAAGGUGGGAGUGGCGUGAACAGGGAGGGGGUGGACAGAUGUGAAAUCUGAUCUGGUGCCAAGGAAAGGGUACGUGCUGCCAGAGACCCCAGGGCAAAGCUCAGCCUCCACCCGGCAUAUGUAGCUCCUGAGCUGGCCGACUGCACACAACACAACCUGGUCAUGGAGAACUCGGUGGCGCCUUUCGUCCUCUAUCCGGGAACUGAGGCCAGGACUCCGGGAGAGGACAGCCUGCCUCUGCCAGCCGAGGAAGAGGGCGCUGCGUCCCCAGCGCAGACACCCUGCAGUCUCAGCGCCUCACUGUGUUUCAGCUCCGGGGACGAUUCCCCGCCGCAGUCUCGCGCCUCUGCCGCGGAGGGCUCUGAAGCCUCUCCGCCUUCCCUCCGCAGCGACCUGCGUGUGGUGGAGACGCAGUGGGAUGUCAGCAGCGCCGCGUCCCCUGAGUCCCCGGAGGAGUGCGCGCGCCCGGAAGAGCCCGCUUCGCCGGAGGAACCCCCUUCCCGCCACGAGCACGCGCGUCCCGUGGGGCUCGAGUCUUUAGACGAGCUUGGGGAGCCCGUGCCUGUGCCGCCCGGGAUCGGGUCCGUGCACGGAGAGCCCGACCUGGUCAUCGAGGUGGCCGGUCGCCGGUUGCGAGCUCAUAAGGCGGUGCUGGCGGCGCGCAGCGACUACUUCCGCGCGCGCGCGUCCCGGGACGUGCUGCGGGUGCAAGGCGUGAGCUUCACCGCCUUGCGGCUGCUGCUGGCCGACGCGUACAGUGGGCGCAUGGCGGGCGUGCGGCCCGACAACGUGGCCGAGGUGGUGGCCGGCGCGCGCCGCCUCCAGCUGCCCGGCGCUGCGCAGCGCGCCACCGAGGCCAUGGCGCCGCAGCUGAGCCUGGACAACUGCUACGAGGUGCUGAGCGCAGGCAAGCGGCAGCGGCUGAGCGAGCUGCGCGACGCCGCCUACCGCUUCAUGAGCGACCACUACCUGGAGGUGCUGCGCGAGCCCGCAGUCUUCGGCCGCCUGUCCGGUGCAGAGCGCGAUCUGCUGCUGCGGCGCCGCCUGGGUACGGGCCGCGCCUGUCUGCUGGCCGCCGCGCUCGGGACGACCGGGGAACGCUCGGGCAGUCGACCGCAGAGCCCGUCUGGGGACGCUGAGUCGCGCGGGGACGCGGCCGUUUAUUGCUACCAGGCGGAGGCCGGGGAGUGGCGCGAGCUGACACGGCUGCCCGAGGGCGCACCGGCGCGGGGCUGCGGCCUCUGCGUGCUCUUCAACUACCUCUUCGUGGCGGGCGGUGUGGCUCCUGCGGGUCCCGAUGGCCGCGCGCGCCCGUCGGACCAGGUGUAUUGCUACAACCCGGUCACCGACUGCUGGAGCACUGUGCGGCCACUGCGCCAGGCGCGCUCGCAGGUGCAGCUGCUGGCCCUGGACGGCCACCUGUACGCCGUGGGUGGUGAGUGCUUGCUCAGCGUGGAGCGCUACGACCCACGAGCUGACCGCUGGACCGCGGUGGCCCCGCUUCCCCGGGGCGCCUUUGCAGUGGCCCACGAGGCUGCCACCUGUAACGGCGAGAUCUAUGUGUCCGGGGGCUCGCUCUUCUACCGCCUGCUCAAGUAUGACCCCCGGCGCGAUGAGUGGCACGAGUGCCCAUGCAGCAGCAGCCGAGAGCGCUCUGCCGACAUGGUGGCCCUCGACGGCUUCCUCUAUCGCUUUGACCUGUGUGGGAGCCGCGGUGAUGCUCAGGCUGCAGUAGGUUCAGGUGGCGGGGUCAGUGUUUUCCGCUACCAUUGCCUAGCCAAGCAGUGGAGCCAGUGUGCUGCACACCUGAGGCCUCCCGGCGCACCCGCAGGCCUCCAGCCCUUUCGUUGUGUUGCCCUGGAUGGUACCAUCUACUGUGUAAGCCGCGCCGGAACCUGGCGUUUCGUGCCUUCUCAGGACACUGAGGCUGGCAGCGAGAUGGGACCUGGUGGCAGCUUUGAGCCUGAGCCCCUGGGAUCCCCCCUGGAUGUCCGGGGUGUACUCUUUCCAUUUGUACUCAACCUGCCUGAGAAACCGGACCGCGGGGAGCAGGGUACAGCCUAGGACAGGAUCAGCUAGGCAGCUCCACUGUCCAGCAUUGGGGGGAGGGUCUGAGAAGAAUGGGCUACCCUCCCAAGUGGGGAAGGAAGGGCAAAGAGGUCUCAGGAAUGGAGGAAGCGGAAAGGCCACAGUGCAUCAUCAUGCAGACGCUUUGAGAGUAAAAGAAGCUUCGCUGGCUCUGAAGACAUUUUUGCAAUGCUGAUUUAAGCCUUGCUUUGCAGUUCUGGAUUCUGCUCUUGCUUUGCUUGUUUAGUGGGGGUUCGUAGCUUAGAGUGUGGGAAGAUACAGAUAAGCCAUGUGUAAGGGAAGAAGGAGUAGAAGAGGCCACGGAUAAAGUGGGAUGCAGGUGCGGACUCAGGUGUAAUGAGGAGCCUGCCCAGUCCCCUCCUUACCACCCACCAGUGAGUGCAAGGUUCUUAAACCUGACCAGGGUCCUGAAGUAGGCCAGGUAUCCUUGCAAUGGCAGAGAGAAGGUCACACCCCGAUCCGAGGUUUAAAACCAUAACUUAUAAGAUCUGCCCAACCUAAAAAGUUCACCGAGUGUUUGCAAGUUUUUGCAGGCUCAACUUCAAAAAGUUAAUUUAUCAAGUACUGAAGGCAAGUCAUUGUUGACCAGCAGAGUUGCCUUCAUUGAUGGAAAUAUUAACAAGUAGCACGCUGACUGGGGAAGGGCGGCCAGCAAGGGUGAAAGGCCCUCAGGUCAGGGUGCUCUGUCAGCUCUGCGAGCUCACCCACUUUCCUGUUUUAGAAUGAUCUAGGGCUUUUUUUUUUUCCUCCCUAGAACAAGGAAGUUAAAAUCAUGUUUUGACAGUUGCACGCUUUGAACUCUUUGCUUGGUUAUGUUUUGAAUGUGUACCCUCUGUGAUUCCGACGAGGGAGAUUAAUUUACAACCACCUCGAAGGAGGGGUGUGUGGGGUGACAUGUAGGAGGAAAAUGAGAAACACCCGCAUUUUGAAUGUAGGAGAGCAAGUCAGUGCCAUCUAUUUAAGUAACAAAGUGCCCUGCUAGAGUCGGAAGGAGACUCAUACUUAGACAAGGUUGCAAGGACCAAAAUCAAGUCCGUCUGUUUUCUCUCAUGGGUUAGGGUGUUGUGCAUUUGAGAAUACACAGGCAGGGUUGUUUAAAGAGAGGUUAAGGACAAAAUACAAGCUUCUUGGAUGACUGGUUUAGAUCCCAUGCCUAGCCCACUGUGAUAUAACAACGGGGCUCCUAAGCAUUCAGAGUUUCUGGAACAUAGAGGAAACUGCAUUCACCCCACCAUCUCUAUAGAAAUCAUUAGUUAGCUGGGAACUAGGUUAUGCUCUGAAAGGUCACAGUGAAGUGUGUUUAGAAACAGCCAGUUUGAAUCUUCUGCAUGACCCAGGGGAAUGGGGUUUAUAGUUCCUGUUUGUGCGUUCUGGUCUCUCUGUGCUUGUUCGUGGUUACUCAUAAACCAAGAGAAUGUCUUGGCAACUUGGUUCAUCAUCUUAAGAAAAACAGACUUCCUAUUGCGUGGUUUUAUUGCUCUUUGAGGGGCGUCCUGGGGAAAGGCUUGCAGAUGAGCAAAGGGAGACAGUACUUAGAGACACACCUUUCAUCUCUUAAGUACCAGGCUUACAGAAUGCUAUCAUGUGACCCUGGCCUGAGAAACCAUUCCUCUGACAUUCACUUUUGAAAUUGGGCCUCUGGGGUGACAUGUCCCCGGAGAGGACAGAUGGACACCAGACAGAAGAGACUUCCCGUGCACAUCGUGCCCCACAGAACACAACACACCCAAGGAAGUCAAAAGGAUAAAUGUACUUAUUUGCAGAUCUUGAAAGAACCUUAGUUCGUUGAUUGAGAAGAGAGGUGUGGCCGAUCUGUUUUUUGAGAACAUACAGAAUAUCUUGUGUUUCGUUUGUGAACUGUGGCUCCCCCCCAUUGAAAACAAAUGCUACGGGCCCUGGCACAUCUCAGCAACCAUGCAUUUUGUUCCUGGGAUCUGGAAGAUUUACUACCCAUCUAUCUGUCUUAGAUUCAUUUCUUGUUGAUAAUAAGCAACUUAAGGAAGAGAGGGUUUAUUGUGGCUCAGAGUUCAGGUUACAGUCCACCGUGCUGUGAAAGUCCCAGGGCGGGACAGGUGCUACUGUCCCCGCAGACAUGAGGCAGCAUUUGAUGCCUUGCCUGUGAUGGUUUGGUUGUGGUUGACCCAGGGAGUGGCACUAUUAGGAGGUGUGGCCUUGUUGGAGUGGGUGUGUCCCUGUGGCACAGGCUUAAGACCCUCAUCUCAUCUGCUUGGAAGUCAGUCUUCUAGCAGCCUCCAGGUGAAGAUGUGGAACUCUCAGCUCCUCCUGCACCACGCCUGCCUGGACGCUGCCAUGCUCCCACCGUGAUGGUAAUGCACUGAGCCUCUGAACCUGACAGCCAGCCCCAAUUACAUAUUGUCCUUUGAAGAGUUGCCUUGGCUAUGGUGUCUGUUCACAGCAGUAGAACCCUAACAGACCCUGCGGCUCAGCUCCCUGUCUCCAUUCCAGUUAAUGUAAUCAAGGCGCAUCCUAAGAGACCCACCUUCCAGGUGAUUCCAGAUUCUGUCAACACCAACCUUUGCCCCCACAAGCCGGAGCGAACUCGACAAGGUAUUGGCUCCCGGUAGGGGAGCCGGCUUUGCUGAGAUGUGUCUCCAGUGUGUGAACCAGGCAGGUGCUUCCUACGUGCUGGUCACAUUCUGCCUCUGACUCCACCUAGGAGUUUGGUUGGCAUGAGCACAGAUCUGACUGUAAAACAAGGCUAAGGUGCUUGGGACACCCAUUCUCAGUUCUUAGGACAUUAACCCUUGUACAGGGCCACCCCAAGUGUUCGAAAGGUCAGCACUGUCUUAAAGAGUAAAUGAUUGAUAGACACACCGAGAUUGACCUUCUGUUUGGUUGACGGGGAAUUACAUUUAUAUUGCCAAGGUUUGUUUGGAAUCUUAGCAACGAGCUAAUGUUUCUCCUUUCUGUUUUGUUCUUUGGUCUGGGACAAGCCCCACCUCUAGUGCGGAUUCUUGGCUUCUCUGUAGACUUGGAAUGCUGUGAUUCUGCUUCUAAGGAAAUGAUGGCAGGAGUUUCUUUUACUCUAAGGAAAAUGAAUGUUGUGGAAAUCUUGUUGGCUGCUUAAUUUCUUGUAUUGGUUUUGUUGCACAGGGGGAAAAAAGGUGUCCGUCUAGUCCUGGUGGUGUCUGUGCUACUUGUUAGCAAACUUUGUCCAGUGUUGGAUCUCUGAGGGCGUGCUGGUCUCUGCUGAAGUCAAGGUAGAGUCAGGACAUGGUAGUUUGGAAUGUCUCAGUGGCAGAUGUGAGCCCAAUAGCUCUUUGGUGUAGGUUUCACUUUAGGAGCCCUCCCUAGCUUACAGAAAGUUUUCAUUUUGAUACUUAUUUUUUUUAAAGUCUCCAUUUCUUUUUUUAAUAUUAUUCACAAGAAGGUAACGACUCCAGCCGAAAGUGGAACUCUGUCGGCACUCUGGGUGCAUCUGUGUUUACCCGAGCAGACGGUCAGAUGCUUGGCCCACAUCCAAGAAGAAGAGGCCUCGCCGUGAGAUGCUGAAGGCCCUGGCAGGACACGGGUCCUGGCAGCAGCCUCACCUGGCAGGCUUGGGUUGAAGUCAAAGUCUGAGCGGAUUCCAAUGUGAGGUUGCACUCCCCUGCCCCGUCAUGCUUGGUAAAGCUCUGACUAGUACCUACCACUAACUAGUACCCAUAUGCCUCCAGUUACUAAACAUAGCACCUGUUUGAGGCUGUCGCUGGAUGUGCUGACGCUUGAGUUUCACCCUAGGCAUAAAAGCUGUAAAACCUUGUAUGUUUGUCACCUGUGCCAAGACGAAAUAAACCGUGCGGAAACUUCCAGCACUCCUGAAACGUU